CAGUAGCAUCAGUAACAAUGGAGGCUGGGGUGCGCCAGGGCUGCCCGCUCGCGCCGCUGCUGUACCUGUUCGUGGCGCAAGCACUGCUGUGCUGGCUGCAGAAGCAAAAGGUCGGCAUCCGCCUGCGCCCGGACCGCGAGGAGCUCGCCACAGCAUUCCAGUUUGCUGACGACACGAAAGUGUUGUUGGAAAGCGACGCAAAGGUGCCCGGGUUCAUUGCGGUCAUGGACACGUUCGGCCGCGCUACAGGGCAACGGCUGAACCUGUCAAAGGUGGAGCUACUGCGGGUCGGCUGCCUGCCAGCAGCGCCCGGGCCGGCCGCUGCGGUGGCCGGCGCAGCCCCCGCCGUGCCGGGCAUGCCCGCCGCGCCUGCCGUGCCUGUGGCGCCCGCCGCACCGGCUGCGCCCGCCGCGCCUGACGUGCCUGCGGCGCCCGCCGCAGCGGCCGCACCCACCACUGGACCAGCCGCAGCGGCUGCGCCUGGGCCUGGCGUACAGGAACAGCUAUGCGGCCUUAAGGUGGUCACAGCGGCCACCGCCCUCAGCGUGCCGUUCAGCAGUGACCCCACACGGCUGCGGCUGGACUGGACAGCCCGCAUGCGAGAGGCCAGGCGCCGCCUGCGGCGUGUCGCCCACCUGGGACUCUCAGUCUUUGGCCGCGCCAGUGCAGCCUCAGCCUACUGCACCUCCAUGGUGACAUGGCACAUGGAACACAGCGGAUUGCCCGACGACAUAGCCCAGGAACUGGAGCGAUUGGUGGCGCGGGUGGUUGACCGCCGACUGGCCCCGGACUCGACCGAGAAGCGCCUUACGGGCAUCCCGACGGAGCUGCUUUAUGGCCACCCCACCACUGGCGGCUUCGGCGCACUGCCCAUCCGGCAGCACGUGCGUGGCCGGCAUGCGACAUGGGCCGCACGCCUGGCCGCCCAUGACGACAUCCCGGCCGCCCCGCAGCCCCAGCCGUGGUGCGUCGCCUACGACGUCUACCUCCGCGCGCACCACCCAUCCCUGCGCCCCAGUAGCACGCUGACGGCAGUCCCGGUGGUGGAGGGCGCCGGCGACAUCAUCCCCAGCCACCCGCUCCCCGAGGAUACCGAGCGCACGGUCUCAGCGCUGGGGUGGCUACCACCGGUGCAAGUGCUGACUGAGGCACCGGAGCCUGGUGCCUGGUGCUUCACGGCGCCGCUGUGGGGCAACCCGCUCCUCACCCCGUCCCCCGCGGCGGCCAGCGGCGAGCAGGAGGAGGAGGAUAGCGGCAGCGAUGGCGAAACAGCUGUGGAGCCCGUUCCGGGCCUUGUCGGCGACAUCCCGCCAUCAUGGUGGAGUGCAGCGCAGGCUCACGCCGCACAGCUGGCGAGCCCUGGCCCAGCGCCUGUCCCGGCGCCGUCCACCAGUGAGGUCGUCCGCACCACCAUCAUGCCGCGCAUGGGCUGGAAGCUCUCUGGCUCUGAGACCCUCAAAGUCCCCCUAGCGAAGCUGUCCGUCCGCAUGGCCACAUCCAUGCAGCUGGACGAUGUGGCCACGCGGCGGGCGGACCUACACGAGGAUUAUGAGCGCGCGGCACAGGGCCUCCCGCCGCGCGCUGUGGUGCGGCGGGAGGACCUGCCAGCAGCUGCGGCUGCAACGCUUGGCGCCAUUAGGGACACCCUGGCGCGCCUUUGGCAGAAGGUGCGGUGGGAACGGCGACACUUUGAGACGCUGUGGCGAUUGGCCAUCGACGCAGUGCCGCUGCCGGGAAACUCGCAUAUGCCGUUGGCUCGCCGUGAGCCAUGCGGCUGUGGGCAACACGGCCAUGGGGGCGCCGCGGUGGAGGCACACGCCGCCGCCGCGCCCACGCCAUGGCAGCACCACUUCUGGGAUUGCGCGGUGGCGAAGGCCGUGGUGGCGCAGAUCAACGCACACAACCCCGGUCCGGCUCCCAUCAGCCAAGCCCAGCUGUGGCUGGUUCAGGCGCCGCCGGGUUUUCAGCAGUGUGUUUGGGACGUGGUGGUGAUGGCGGCGCUGGCCGCCACAGAACAUGGCCGGGUGCGGCUGCGCGGGAUGACGCGCGCCGCAGCGGCCCUGGGAAUUCAGACGGCGGCGGCAGCAGCUCCCGAGGCUGCGGUGGCAGGUGCAGCGGAGGCGGAACCCGAUCUUGACGAGAUCCCGCCCACACAGCUGACGCCGCCGCAGCCAGGCGUCAACCCCGUCGAGCUUGCGUGCGCUCGUGCAGUCGCGGACUUCUGGUCGCGGCUGAUGCAGUUCGCGCAGCUCGGCGUGCCCCAAAAGGGCUGGGAUGGUGUUGACGCCACUCACCCCAUCCUGGCGGUGGUGAACGGUGAAAUGCUGUGCGCGAUGCCGCAAGCUAUGGAGCUGGAGGCUUGAAAGGGAUCAGCCCUUAGGAGAAGCGCGUGAGCACUAACAUGAGCCACUGAAGCAGUGGCAUACGAGAGGGUCAGCGGGGGAGCUUAGUGGGCAGGCGAAGGGUUUUUGUUUUACGCCCGUGGGAGCAGGGCCAGGUUUGCGGGGUUUUAAUGCCUGAGAGGGUGUAUUGGGUGCUGCAACACCCCGGGUCUUACGGCCUGGACCGGCCUAGUGGCCAGACGCGUUUGUGGCUGCCCUUAGGCAUUGUCUGCCCUUGAGUCGAGAGCUGGUUAGGUUGCGGUUGAGGUCGUGCAGGCUGCCGGGUCGUAGGACUCAGCCCCGCAGCCACUGUGGUCGUGCUUUCGCGUGCUGUCGCGUGCUGCGUGUUUUGUUAUGUUUGCUGUUGUUUGUCUUCUGCCCGCCUGGUUUUUAAGAGGUAGCUCGCCCGCUGGGUCUGAGGUUGUUACACCGGUAGUAAUUCCGCAAGGAUUACUGGCGCGGUGAAGGGUCGGAGUGCGUUGCCCUGUGGACUCCAGAGCUGGUUGCGCUCUGCCGGGGAAACGCCAGGUCACGGCAGCCCUCGAUUGAGAGCCCUGUCGUUGGUUAUACCAGAUACACGAUUCACGUGAUCUGGCAGAAUAACCGU